AUGAUCGCACCACAAUGUGUUCAAGUGGUCAAGCACCCUCGAGGCAGUUACACAGUGCUUGUAACUGUCUCNCAACAACAACAUCAACAACAUCAACAACAUCACCACCACCAACAACAACAAGAGGAGCAAGAUCAGCGCCAGCAGCAACAACAAGACGGGAUUCCUCAGCCGCGACCCCAGCUCUUGCUGCAGCGCAGGGCCACGCUGAACUACGCCAUCACGUCGCCAUUCGACUCUUCCGACGCAAAGGUCGUGCAGGAGCACACCCUGCUCGACGAUCGCCACCAAGAGGGCGGCGGCGGCGGGAUCUGCUACACGGAGAGGGACUGCAUCACGGGUUUUCCCAUGGUUCCGGGUGACCUUUCCGUAAAGCCGACGUUCCUGGUUACCCGGGUGGACGACGGGGGGCACACGGAGCGCGUUCACGUGAGGGUAGAGGUCGUUGUGAAGGAGACCGAGCUCCCGAAACGGCUACGGUUUUUGAGCAAGAGGGUGAGCGACAUCGUCGGAGACGGCGGGAGAAAGCAAGCGGAGAAGUGGCUAGGGGAGAUGGUCAAGGAGGGGUCGCCGGUGGCAGACCCAUGACGACGAAGACCAGUUUUCUUUGUUCUAUGUACAACGCAUUCAGGUGUUGUCGUGCAUUGGAGAUACACUGACUUUGUUCGUGUCCCCCGAUACGGCCCGUGCGCAACGAGAUACGAAGCACACUCGAAAACAAAGAGAGAGAGACUUUGUUUGCAGGGGACAGAAUAUGAUGGUGUCUUCCCGGGUGCAGAUAUCUCUCAAGGUUCAGGAGAUGGGGGCUCCGUGGUGGUAUUUUUGUGGUGAGGGUACCGGUGUAUACUAUGUGCGUGUUGUUUUUUGUUACCAUUGCCCUUGAGGUGAUUGGCAAUGCAUCGGGUGCGAAAGGAGCAGAUUGCUUGCGGGAUGUUGGAUGUACAAUGGCACGGCGGGAGGGCGUGCGUGCGUUUGUGUGUUCUCUGGUUGUCACAGAUCGAGGUUUUACCGGUGGUUUCCAGAGAACCGAAACGAACAAGAUUCGAUAAGGCAAGACAAUUAGACUGGGUGAAAUGUGGCACGAAAGAAAGGCAAUCGAGUGCGUUUGUUUACGGCGUCGCGGUGGCAUCGCUGGACGACAAGGUGGCGAGUUUGCUAACCCAGCAGUGGUAGCAGCAGGCAGACGUUAGUCGGCAGUAGGGGCCAGUCCCCCUUGGAGUGAAGAAGACCCCGCCUCCAUGAAAAGCUGGGGGGAGAGGAGUGCCAAACCGACAAACGGCGGUGCGUGCGGCACUUGAAGUCAUUGAAACCACAAUACUUAUUGUGCGUGUGGCAAACUGCUGCUUGGUUGUUAUGAUACAUGUAGUUUGCUUCAGGAUGAUCGAAACUGACUGGCAUGUGCAUGAUGCGUGUCGUGAUCCUUCGCUUUCCGACGUCUUCUACGCGCUUGGCGACGGCCAUCAUCGAGCCUUCGAUUAAGGUCGAAUAAUAUUCACAUUUUUCCCCAGUGGUUCUCGCUCUCCGAUGUCUCGUACUCCCAAAGGGUGUUGGCGACGGGCAUCAUCGAAUCGAACGUCGAGUUUUUCGUGUAGCCUAGCUAUGCGUUGUCGUUGUUCUCGCCUGAACCGACCACCAAGACAUCGCGGUCGAGGUAGGCUGCUGUUUGUACCGCGCGAUGCUCUCCUCACGCCGCCCGAGAGUAGCAUGCACUACGGGUGUUCACUGUUCCUAAUCUUGACGAUAGCUCCUGUUAGUCCUUCUCCGUCUCAAGCCACAGAAGUGGUCCCUUUAGGGUGUUUUGUGUGUGUGUCCUGGGGUGUACCGGAAGCUGGGUCCAUAUAGCAGAGAGGAAUUGAAUUUUGUCGAGUGGAUUAAGCUUCUACCCGGAGAAUAUGGGGACUGUGUUUCAAGGUCGGGAACAGUAGAGGUCUUGAUGUCUGAUCGGGGAUUGGUGCUCUGUGCCGCGGAACACGGGCAUUGCAAAGCGAACCACAGAUAAGACUACUGGAGUUUGGGAAACCCUGAAACUUAGGUAGGCAUGCCAUCCCGU